CUAAUCCUUUAUAUUUUAUUUCAGACAGCCGCAAGUUACCAUGCUAUAGCAAUUGCCCUGUCAUUGAUGGAAGCUUUCCCUUUGAGUGUUCAGCAUGAGCAAACAACCUUGCAAAUCCUCCAAGCUAAGCUGGGCCCAGAUGACCUGCGUACGCAGGAUGCUGCUGCUUGGCUCGAGUAUUUUGAAUCCAAGGCUUUUGAACAGCAAGAAGCGGCACGGAAUGGGACUCGAAAGCCCGAUGCGUCCAUAGCCAGCAAAGGCCACCUAAGUGUGUCAGAUUUGCUUGACUACAUUAAUCCAAGUCAAGAUGCCAAAGGGAAAGAUGAUGUGGCAAUGAAGAGGAAAACCUAUAUUAUGAAGGUAUGCUCCCUUCAUCUUCAUGUUUAUUGAAAUUGAUCCAAAACCAUGAUUGAUGCCUAUGAGAUAGG